GGAAAAUAUGGUUGUCGUACACGGGCCUAGCGGACUGGUUGAAUCGGGAUAACUUUUUGUUUGAUGUUAUAUCUUUGUUAUUGUGAUCGUCGAGUCGGGCAGAAAACUCAGAUAUGUCAUUCUUGAUUUUCCUGCAUCUGCCAUUUAUCAGCAGCUUCUGGUUGAUGCUCUACUUUGGACAUGGUGCAUUUGGAUGUUGGCCGGGAACAUUUGGACCAACUUGUGAGAGUCCUUGCCCAGUUCAUUGUGCAGGAGUAGAAUGUGACUCAGUGACGGGACUAUGUAUUGCAGGGUGUGUUUCCGGUUACCUUGGGGACUCGUGCACUUUAGCCUGCUCUCCUGGAACGUGGGGUCCUGCCUGUGAGAACAACUGUGGGGUCAAAUGUCUAGAGGGUGUCUGUAACAAUGUACAUGGAACUUGUACUCAAGGCUGUAUGACAGGCUACCAAGGCAGCAAGUGUGGCUCUAGAAGAAGGAAGGACAAAAGGAAAGAAAAAGAAGCUGAUUUGAUUGACGUUACAAACGACCUUAGAUUGUUUGGAUCUGCCUCACUCUUAAACACUGUCACCAAUGAUAUGCCAGUAGUUGGUUCAUGUGACUGUAGUCCAACCCGUGGGUUCUCCAGUCUGACCAAGUUUUCCAUUAGCUGUACUGGUUUUCACAACAAUGUUUUACCUUUGAAUUUUAGGAUAAUCAUAAACGAUACAGUUGUAGGGGAAGGAGGCACAGCUAAUUUCUCCGAUGUUGUGUUACCUGGCGGACUCAGCCAUGACGAUUACAAUACUAACAUUACCAUAGAAGUCACUGACAAAUAUAAUGGCACUGCCUCGUAUAAUUUCCUUGUACUGGUGUACCCGUCUGUAACAGAGUACAUAGACACCAUCAACCAGCCUCCGGUCAGUACCUCUGGAUGUGUGGUCAGUCCGCUAAGUGGAUAUACACUGAUUACCAACUACACCGUGAUCUGUAGUCAGUUUACAGAUCUGGACCCUCCGUUGACAUACUACCUUUAUCACAAAGGCCAGACUUCAGACACAGAGGAUAAAGUUCACAGAGAAUUGCUGUGUGAAUCCAAGAUGAAAACAAUCAAGUGUGAUGCUGGAGACACCAUUAAGAUCAUGUCUGCUAUGUAUGGUCGCAAAGCCAGAUCAGUGUGUCCUCACGCAGCUGUGUCUAACCUUAAAUGUGAGGCAGAGUCCUCCAUGGUCAAGGUCAGUCAGGCUUGUGAUGGCAAGGAUAAAUGUGUCCUCUCCGCCACCAACUCAGUGUUUGGGGAUCCUUGCGGGGAAACAUUCAAAUACCUGGAUGUUCAAUACAAAUGCAACACUGAGUUUCUUUUGUAUAAAGGAAAUGAUACCAAAACAACUGGUUUUUAUCUUGGUGAGGGCCUGGGAGAGAACCACACUGUUUCUCUAGUGUUUAGGGCUAAGGACGCUUACAAUGCAGCUACAGACAUAGACCUUCCUGUUGAGGUACUUCCUUACAACAGCUCAGACACUAGUGAAGACAUCCUUGAUUUUGUGCAGAGCACUUUUCUAUCAGGAGAAACAGCUGAUACAUCAGGGCUGACAAUAGAGACCAUUGGAACCCUUGGAAAUGUUGUCAACAUAGAUACAACUGUCAACAACACUGGUGAUGCAGAUAGACUACAGCAAAGGAGCGAGAUACGUGAGUUGUUGACCCAGUCCCUACUUAAUGCCGAAAUCUCACCAAACUUUGAUGUGGUCAUUCAGGUUGUCCAAAUACUGGACAGUCUAGUCAAGGUCAAGGAGGAGGUCACAGAGAAACAGGAGGAGAUUACUGUUGCAGUGUUUCAUAAUCUGACUGAAAAGUUUAACGACAUGAAAAAGACUGAUAUCUUGGAGACAAGGUCUACAUCAAUGAAUUUACUCACCUCGAUGGGGAGUGUCCUAACACUUAUAAAGGACAGAGGAACAGACCUGAAGGAAAUUAACACAACCAAUACUGGGCCGAUCACAGAGGCGGCAAAGGAUGAAAAGUUGGAAAAGGUGAAAAGGAACAGCCUACAGAUGAUGGCAUCCGUAGGGAAGGUUGUUGACAUUCUCACAGAGACAAUUGAGUCGGCUAAUGAAGCUGUGAUCAUCCAGACACCGGUUAUGUCUGUCAGAGUCCAGGAAAUAGACAACAUGACAGAAACAAACCUCACCCUCAGUGUGCUGUCAGAUAACUCCAGCAUCAGUCUCCUACUGCCUCCUACUCAAACUCUCAGACAAUCAGUUCCAGGGGCAGAGAACUCUUCUGUUUAUACACAGAUUGUAGUAACCAAGGACAACAUGUAUAACUGGGACCAGACUGCAGAAAGAUUUACCUCCUCUGUGGUGGAUGUCGUUGUCAAGGACGCACAACUCCAGACAAAGACACUCACCAACAUGUCCGAUCCUGUCACGCUCCAAUUCCAAGUGGAAGACCAGAAUCUUGAAUCCAGUACACUGGAAUUUACAUAUGAAACAGCAAGAAGUCAAGUCAAAUCAAGCAGCCUGCUGAAGGUCAGCUUGACCAACCUUGACCCUGCCAUGGCCUUGCAGGUGUAUGCCAAGGUCGUGGAGUCAGACCUAACAUUGAUGUUGUACCGUACCACCAAUGAAACAGUGUUUUCAAGAACAGUACAGCAACAUGGCAUCCCUAUACCAGAGGGCAGUGCUGACAUGCUGAUACUGGAGGGGUCUCACAAGUAUUUGAUUAUAGCUGUUCAAGAAGGACAGACCAUCGCAGCAAAUGAUAUAGCAGUUCAAGAAGGGCAGACCAUCGCAGUAAAUGAAACUGAUGUACCUUUUAUAACCACCAAUGUAUCUGUCAGAAUUGGCAACUACAACACUGCGUGUGGCUUCUACGAUAAUGCCAAGGGUCAGUGGGCAACUGACGGCUGUCAGAUUUCCCCUCCAAAAAACCUGAAGACAAUGACUUGCUCCUGCAACCACUUGACCUCUUUCGCUGCAGGCUUUAUUGUAGUGCCUAACCUGGUUGCCCCUAUUGCUGAUGCAACUCUCUUCUUGACCUUCUUUGACAAUCCAGUUAUUGUGAUUACAGUACUGAUUGUGUGGUGUCUCUACCUAAUCAUGCUGGUAUGGGCGCGACGCAAAGACAAGGUCGAAAGCAUGAAG